UCAGAACUGAAUUGCGAUCGUCUCUCGAGUCUCGAGCGUAUUCUUGACCGGAUCUCAAGCCUCCGAACAGGACGGCAUUUGGGUUAUGAAAGAUCACAUCGUCGACGCUAAUUUCCCUCGCACUCUAGAUCAACGCGUAUACCACCUCGGUAUUCGCGCCGGAGAGGUAGCUAACCGUAUAGUCACAGUAGGGUCACCUUCGCGUGCUCAUGCCAUCGCCAACUAUUUAGAUCACUCGCCGAAACCGUUCACACUGACAUCAGAACGCGGGUUCACGACUAUCACCGGAAGAUACAAGAAUGUACCUGUCUCCAUCGUCAGCAUUGGCAUGGGUUAUCCGAACGCGGACUUCUUCGUGCGGGAAGUCAGGGAAUGUCUCACCGGAGAUAUGGUGGUGGUGAGGCUCGGGUCGUGCGGAGCCCUGAUAGAUGUUCCCGUAGGUUCUGUGAUCGUGCCCAAAUCCAGCAUUGCGGUCACCAGGAACUACGAUUUCGACUUCGUCACUGGCCAAUCAAGCGAGCCUCCAUAUAGACUCAGUAAACCGGUGCUCGCUGAUCCCGAGUUACACCGUGCUGUACAAGAUGCCUUGGAACGUUCUCGCCCAUCUACAUUCCAGACGACCGUUGUAUCCCAUACAAUGAACGCGUCUGCUGAUAGUUUCUACUCUUCGCAAGGACGUAUCACCUCGUUUCCCGACCAUAACGAGACGUUGAUACACACCAUGAAAGCUCGACAUCCCGACCUCGCCACGCUAGAGAUGGAGACUUUCCAUAUCCUUCAUCUGGCUGCCAACUGGCCGUCCUCAGGACAUGCGGAACAAUUGAGCGUGCCUCCCAUCAGCACCCUCCCGGUCUCACCUGUCGUGUCACUUCCGCCUCCGCCGUCGAACCAACCACAGCCACCGAACGUCUCCUUCUCUGACAAGGCCGGCAACCUACUGAUGCCGAAACCUCGCAUCCGGGCUGCUGCAGCGCAAAUGGUUUUUGCCUCGCGCACAUCGCAGGACUUCAUUACGCCCGAUCAGGUUGCGGAGAUUGAAGCAUGGUGUGGCAAAGCGGUGCUCGAGGCCCUAAUUGGCUUCGGCAUCGAGCCGUCGAGGCUGCAUGACGAGGCGGGUAGCGUGUGGGAGCUGAGGGAUUUUUGAAGAUGCCGGCUAUUGAAAGCGUUAGAUCCCGUUCCCGAGCAGGCUAAAAUGCGAUCAGCGAUGAUAAGCAUGCAAUACAGUUCGGUCUCAAUCUUUCUGAAUGCUCGAAGCUGAUCUCAUGUCGCUUGCUAUUGUCGCUUGGCAUCGUUGCGCUGACUGGCCAAUGAUUCUCCGCGAAUCUGCUUCACUGAGUAUACAUCAGCCGGUACGCUCCGUUUGGGUGUCCGCGCCAUGGAGCGAAAUAUAAUGCCUUG